ACAUCCGACUUUGGGAGAUGUCUCGUCACAUGCGUACCGGAGAUGUGGAGGCACGACGGCCGCUGCUUGUCACCGGAGAUCACCUGGAGCCAAACGAGCUGGACUCAGACGAAGGUAAAUGCUGUCUCAUCGGUCACCCCAUCACGUGAAAUAAUUUUUGACAGGAGCACAUCACACAUGAAACGUGAACCUGGGGCGAGUGCACAUAGAAGAUUAACAUAUGAGGAAGCAGUGGAGGAAGCAGGUUUUGGUUUAUUUCACUGGCUGCUGUUGGUGGUUUGUGGUUGGGCCAAUGCCAGCGAUGCUGUGGAGAUUCUCUGCGUGUCUUUUCUCCUGCCAACGGCGCGCUGUGAUCUGCUGCUGAGCUCUUCAGACAUGGGCCUGCUGACUGCCAGCAUCUUCCUAGGAAUGAUGGUGGGUGGUUACAUGUGGGGGUACUUGGCCGACCAGAGGGGGCGCUGCAGAGUCUUGGUUGUGUCCCUGACAGUAAACGGAGUGUUUGGAGGUCUGGCCAGCGUGGCUCCAAAGUUCUGGCUCUUCUUGCUGCUGCGGUUUAUCAGUGGCAUCGGUGUCGGCGGGUCGAUCCCUGUUAUCUUCUCGUACUUCUCAGAGUUUAUGCCCCGACUGAGGAGAGGUAGAAUGAUCAGCGCUCUGGCCACCUUCUGGAUGGCAGGAAACAUCCUGGCUGCAGGUCUGGCCUGGCUGGUGAUUCCCAGAACCUGGGCGCAUUUCUUCCUGGGGGGGCUGGACUUCCAGAGCUGGAGACUGUUUGUGGUGCUCUGCUCCGUUCCCAGCCUCACGUCAGCCAUCCUCUUCAAGCUGCUCAUGCCUGAAAGCCCAAAGUUCCUCAUGGAGGCUGGUCGGGAGAAAGAGGCGCUCCGUGUCUUCAGACUGAUGUUUGAGCUGAACAUGAGGGGAAAAGGAAAGACUUUCCCGGAAUUUGGUUUGUGUACGAGCUCCAAGCACAGAGCGGAACUGGAGGAGACCAGAACUCAGGGUUCAUGUCGAGAGCGACUUGUCAGUAUUUUAAAAAAGGGCUUGAUGCCCAUUAAACAGAUGUUUAAUGGUCCACUCAAAUCCAGGAGUAUCGCUCUGCUCAUCAUCUUCUACUGCAUCUCCUUCGGUUACUACGGGCUGUGGAUGUGGUUCCCCGAGCUGUUUGCCAGGGUUGAGGACGGCGGUUCACCCUGCGCCAAUGUGUCCCUUCCAUCUGCACUUCACAACCAAAGCUGCUACCCGGUCAAGACAGCAGUGUACAUGGAGGGCUUCGCCAUCGCUGCAUCAAACCUGCCAGGCAACAUCUUCACCAUCCUGAGGAUGGACAGCACAGGGGGAAAGGCUCUUCUGUCCUUCAGCCUGGUGCUGUCCGGUCUGAGCGUCUUCUUCAUCUAUGUGGUCCAAACCAAAACCCAGAGUCUGGUCCUCUCCUGUGUCUUCAGCGGUGUGUCCGUGAUCGCCUGGAACUCCCUGGAUGUGUUGGGAACAGAGCUCUACCCAACGCAGCUGCGGUCGUCUGCUCUAGGUUUCUUCACAGGCGUGGGCCGAGUGGCAGCAAUCAUGGGUAACGUAGUCUUUGGAAAGUUGGUGGACACGAACUGUGCCGUACCGGUCCUGAUGGUCUCCGCUCUGCUGCUGACCGGAGGACUGGUGGCUCUUCUGCUGCCACAAACCAAGCAUACUGAGCUCACCUGAUCCCUGGUGUUUCACAUGAAUAAAAUAUUAGCAAACACCCUCUGAAUGUCCUUAAGGAAGCAGACUGGAGGAUUUCCACCUGUGAAGUCCUCUGAUCAUAUCUAUAUAUGUGUGUGUGUGUAUAUAUAUAUAUAUAUAUAUAUAUAUAUAUCUGUUUCUGCUCCCAGAGGAUGUUCGAAUGCUGUGCCUUCUGUCUCUCUUUAUGGUGCCUCAUUUAAUAUGCCAAAGGACAGCAGCCUCUCUGCGCCUUCCAAGAAAUAUUCUUCAGGAAAGAGAGUAAGAAGAAGACAUGUAGUUGUGCGACAGUCUAUACUGUGAGCUCGUGAGGAUUGAAAUCCUCCCUAGAUGUGAAUGAGGCGUCAAGGACUCCUUUAAAAAGUUGGUUUACAGACAGAUCUUAGUCAGAGACGUAGUUGUGACUUGGAGGCUGAUGAUGGCCUCCUUUAUAAACAUGCCCCUGAAUGUUUUUGUCACCUUGAACUGAAAAGGCUCUGUCAGGAUGUUUCAGGCUUUUAUGUGCUAUGUUUGAUUAGUUGCUGUUAGUUACAGAUAUGUCUGAGAUGUGUCCAUUUCCAGCAGCAGCUGUUUGACUUUGUAAAGGCUUUUGUUUUUCAGGCUCACUGACUCAUUAUAUUAUAUUAUAUUAGCACACACCUGUAGCUUUGAGUUUUCUAACAUGUCAGUUUAAAAACAAACUGAAAAGAUUCCAGGUUUAGUUUUUAGUUUUUUAAAAGUGCUCUUUUUUAAAUUCCAAAUCAUGUUUCCAUCUACGCAAACAGUAGACUCAGAUUCAUUUUCACUUGAGAAGAGUCGUUCGAUACCAAAUCUGUCAUUUCCUGCACAGACUGGACCAAACCAGUUCAUCAUUCCAGUGGUAAACCAAAGAUGUCUGAUUUCAGGACUAGAACAGGUAGAGAUACAAAUGAAGAAAUGUUUUUAUCGGCCUGAUCAGCUCAUAUUCCCAUCAGUGAUUUUUUUUUAAAGUCUCUGUUUUCAGACAGGUUUCAGAUUACUCUGUGACUACUGAAGCAACAAAAAAAACAAACACUUGUUUUGUUGAUCUCAGCAGCGUCUGCCUUGGUGUCGUAUCACCUGUACAUGUACAAUCAUAAAGCUCGGAUUGUGUUGGAUUCAGAUCCUUCACUUAAGUGAUUGAACCAAUGCAACAAGCAAAAGUCCUGUAUUCAAAAACCCGAUGAACUAAAAGUACAUUAGUAUUAUGUUAAGCUUUCAAACUUAUUUAAAUGAAACAAUGUGAGAAGUUUAGAAGAUAAGAAACAGUUUGUUUUUUUAAACAAUGAU